AUGUGGUAUCAAAACAGCGCUGUCACAUCAAUAUCAAUGUUUGGAUUUUGGUUUUCUUUAUUCAUGUUGGUAUUCUAUAUAUUUCAUGUAGUUGAGUGUUUUUAUAAAAUACCAUGGCUUAAAAUUGAGAUGAUUUUUGAUGUUUGUUGGCCAAUACUUUACCUUUUAUCAGCAUCCUCUGCAGCGGCUUAUACUGGUUUGCAUCUUAGCUACAUGAUAAGUUUGUUAUUUGGAUUUGCUGCAAUGUUUGCGUAUGGAUAUACAACGUGGAGAAAUUGCACAAGGAAAUAUAGCUGUUCAUCAACAAACAACUACAUCAACAGCAUCAUACUGAUAUACACAUUAAUUAAAUAG